AACAUGAAAAAUGGUAGCUUGGCGUCUUGCGUAGAAUUAGACAUUCUUGUUACAGUAUUCAUAAAAAUAUUAAAGGAACUGAGUUAUUUUACAGUUUUAAAUAUCAAAAAUGUAUUUAAUAUUUUUUUCCAAUAAUUUAAAAGUAUGAUGUGUCGUUUAACAGAUAGGGGUUGUGAUAUUUUCAGAAGCAACAAUAGUGUAGAAGCUCUAAUUAUUUUCUAAGUCUACUUGUUUAUAAACCGCGAACAUAUGAUUUUAAUUUGAAUUUUAUUUGUGUUUCAUGAAUUAAUAUUCACAUUUUAACCAUGGGAGACUUUUUAGUGUGUAGGAUAUGUCUUGCGGAGGAGGUAAAGAUGCAUAACUUGCAUAGUUACCCAUUGGAAACAUGUUAUAAACUUUUAGUUGGUGAUAAUACACUUGCGUCAUACUUGCCAGUAACUGCAUGCUACGUGUGUGCAGCACAGUUGAGGAAACUAUAUACCUUCAAGGAGAAGUGUGUUAGGACUCAAGCUGCAUUGACUCACAUACUGAACUCUUGUGGAGAGAUAUCUAGUGAUAGUAUAAAACAGAUAGACACACAAACCUUACACAUAAACAACUGCUUAACCAUAAACAAAAACCCAGAUAUAAAUAUAGCAUCAGAUAUAAUUCCUAUCAAGGAAGAACCUUUAGAUGGCGUACCUAAUAAUUACUUUGAUGACAAAGAAAGUAUCAAACUUGAAGAUGGGUUUGACGAUGUGACUUCUUUUUCAACUGAUGAAGAUGAGCCUUUGUCUGUGCAUAAGGUGAAGAAAGAGGAUAGCUGCAGAAAAGGGAGAAAAAGUAAAAGAAAAAAAGAGUCAGAGCAGAAAUUAGAUGAUCAAGAGGAUUUUAAAUAUGAUGUCGAAAUUGAAGUUACAGAUACAAGCUCUCUUCUGCAAGAAGCACCAGAAGUUGCAGUGAAGCGCCGACGCGGCAGGCCGAGGAAGAACGCCGAGAGCGGCGCUAAGACGCGCAGAACCAAGAACACCGGCGGAGUUCUGGCCGAUGACAUCGAUCUGGAGAACUAUUGCACUAUUGUCAAGCUGUCAGAGGAGGAGCAGAAGGAAGAGAUCAUUAAGCGGCAGCAGUCGUCCAACUACCUCAACGCGCUGUACCAGUGCGACCUGUGCUACAAGGGGUUCAUAAACACUGACGCGUGGAACCAUCACAUCGGCAAACACGACCCGAGCGCAGGCGACAUCGAGUGUCCGAUAUGCAAGUUCCGCUUCAAGACGAAAAGAACUCUACAGAAGCACUCCGCCAACCACGAGAAGAAAUACGCCUGCAAGUCCUGCAACUAUGUUUCCAAAACGACAACCCAAGCUAAGCAACAUCAGAGAUGGCACAAGGGAGUCACGUACAAGUGUCAAUAUUGUGACGAAGUUUCAACCAAAUGGACGUCGUACCUCAGCCACGUGCGCAUCAAGCACCCGUCGGAGUUCAUCUGCGGCGUGUGCGGGUACUCGUUCGUCAGCCGGCUGGGGCUCAACAUGCACAAGACUAUGAUGCACAAGGGCGUGCGGGACAAAGAGGAAUUCAAGGGGGACAAGGAUACGCCAUAUUGCGAGCAGUGUGACGUCACAUUCGUGUCUAUCGAAGCCUUCAAGAGACACAUGGUCACAUCCGUCAAACACACGCAGAGUAUUGACUUCAACAAAGGCUGCCGGAUGUGCGGCGAGUCGUUCGCGGACGCGGAGGCGCUGCGGGUGCACCACCGGCGCGCGCACGCCAAGAAGCGGCCCAAGAACUACGGCAAGAAGCCCGCCAGCCUCGCCUGGCCCACCAACUGCGAGCACUGUUCGGAAGAGAUCCCCAACGCGCGCGAGUACUGGUCGCACUUCCGGCGCGCGCACCCUGACAAGCCCUACCCCAUACAGAAGAACUACAUCUGCGACAUUUGCGGCAAGAGCUUCCGGGGUAACGCGUUCCUAGUGUACCACAAGCGCACGCACUUCGAGGAGCGCGCGUUCAAGUGCGCGCAGUGCCCCAAGGCGUUCUUCAACCGCACCAACCUGCAGAUGCACGAGAAGACGCACUCGGAGCACCGGCCGCACGCCUGCAGCGUCUGCGCCAAGGCCUUCAAGUGCAAGGGCGCUCUGGACAGGCACUUCAGGAGUCACACUGGGGUAAAGCCGUACGAGUGCGAGGUGUGCGGCAAGGCGUUCGCGCAGUCCAACAGCCGCAAGCUGCACGUGGCCACGGUGCACCUCAAGCAGCCCUCGCCCUACAUCAGCCGCGCGCGCCUCGAGCGCCGGAACAAGACGCACAAGGACACGCACGCGCCGCACUUCUUGUAUUGAUUCUAUGUUUCAUGUGAAACUUCAUUAAUAAAUAAAAAACAAAGCGCCAUCUAUGAACCUCAUGCAUAACUGCAUAGAUAAAGGGAUUGUUUAAAGUUUUCUAAGAACGCCAUCUACUGGUAGUUUAGAAUAACAAACACUGUUUCACUGUGUCUGUAGAUGGCAGCACGCAUCUUCAAAGCCUCGCCCUUUUAAACUUUUCGUCAUUCGUGAGUUAUUCACCAGCUACUCACCAAUUCAAGAAUUAAUGAAGUUUACUACUUACGUUACUUCAACUGUACAAAUCUGCAGGAGAGAAAAAGAAAAUAGCUAGAGAGUUGACAUGAAGAGAUGCGUUGUGAUACCAUGCUGACUUUGGACGCAAGAGGAGGUCGUUUAGUCUGUGAAUCGUACACGCCCUGCCUUAAUUGGCAGUCUAUGGAUCCUUCCUGGGCUUAGUGGGCCCUAGGCGGCCCUGAGUCUAGGAGAGAUUAAAAAAGGGGAUGCGAGUCAGACACGAAGGGGCGGUAGGGGGCAUUCCUCUUGAAUUCCUUUACACGUACAAGGACCAACACGCUGUGCCGCAGUUCUUUUGCAAUCAGUAUUAAAUUAGUUUUUAAAUGUUAAUUAUUGUUUGCCAAGUGCAAUGUUUAUUUUCUAAAAUAAACUAGGUAUAGUAUAUUAUGUGUGAGAAAUAUUUUUUUGUAAUGUGCUUUGUGAUGUAAAUUAAAGUUGAUGACGUUUUGUAUUUA